GCCCGAACGCCGUGCUUCCGGGUUGGCUUUGGGAAAACCGUCUCUGCGCUCGGAUAGGAGCGGGAAAGAGUUUAAAUUGUCGGCGUGUGUCAGCGUAGCUGGGACCGGGCAGCCAAAAUAUGCUUCAUCGCCCCCCCCAAAUUUUUUCUUCCAGGGAGCUCAAGUCCAUGCUUCUCUUCCCCGCUUCAUCCUCGCAACCCCGGGAGCUUCUUCGCAAUGCCGCCACCUCCCUCAUGACAGCUGAGUGGGAAAGGAGCCGCAAGGACAGACCAAGAGAGUUUUUGAUAAAGACACUGGAGAAGAUAAAGUAUGCAAAAAUUACUUCUACGGACUUUCCUUAUCUUAUGGACGAGUCAAACGUGGACGCAAUGUUUGAAAUGCUAGACGUUGCAGGCCAAGGUUACAUAACCAUACCACAGUACAAAGGAGCACUUGAAUCUUUGGGAUUAAGUAUCCAGGAUGAAAUUUAUAAUGAAACUGACAUUAUGACAGCAGAGGAGUUCAGGGGGAAAGUGAUGAAAAAAUUUGCUGAAAUGUGGGAAGCAUUUUAAUCUUCAGUGUUCUGAUCUAAAGCUACUUGACUUCAUAUUUUACUUUUGAGAAACUAGUAUUUCCAUUAUAUAUAGUUGACUUUUCCUGGUGUAAUAACUACUGCACCAACACUAUAGCAAUUCUGGAAUUUGGCUUGUCAAAUAAAUACUGGGCUCAUUAUAGCCAAAAUUAA